AUGGGUAGAAUUUCGAAUUUAUGGAUUAUGUGGAAAAGAAAUAUAAACUGCCCUGUGGUGAUUUCGGAGUCAUCCCAGCAUAUUUCUGUUUCCCUGACUUGGGAUCUUUCCCAAAUUCAAGUCUCUUUUGUCCAUGCUAGCAGUUUUCGAGCAGAGAGAAGAGCUCUUUGGUUGGACUUGGUAGCGGAUACUCCUCACACUACAAUCCCUUGGGCCAUGAUAGGUGAUUUUAAUGCUUAUCUUCAGUCGCAUGAAAAGAAGGGACCAGGUAAUUUUAGUUUGGGCUCUGCUGUGGAAUUUAAUGCUAUGAUAGACUCUUGUUCCAUGGCUCAGCUGCCUUCAAGUGGAAGAAAAUUUACCUGGAGUAAUAAUCGGAAAGCUGGUAAUGUUUCGGCUGUGCUCGAUAGAAGCUUCUGCAAUGAGAAGUGGUUAACUGUUUUUCAAGAUUCCUCGCAACUAGUGCUGCCGAGAAUUGCUUCUGAUCAUGGGCCGAUUUUGAUGGUCUCCGAUGCCAGCCAGCGACCCUCAAAUUGCCCUUUUCGCUUUCAUCAAUUUUGGAUGGAACAUGAAGACUUCGUCAGAAUUGUGGCUUUGUCUUGGUCUGAAUGGGUCCCUGGUCCGCCUAUCCUUGUUCUCACUUCUAAAUUGAAGCGGCUGAAGAGAGAUUUAAAAUCCUGGGCGAGAUCUGCUUUUCCCAAUUUUGAUGAAGAUCUAGAGCAUGCGAAGAAGACUCUGAACCAGAUUCAUGACCAGAUUGCAAGUGAAGGGAUGAAUGAUCAUCUAUUUGCUAUGGAAGCUGAUGCGAAGACGGGAUUGGUGAAAGCCUUGGAAAACCAUGAAAAAAUCUGGGCAGAAAAGGCGAGAAUCAGAGCUCUCAAGAAGCAGGAUGGGACUAUUGUGGAGGGGUAUAAUCAAAUAGGGGAAUAUAUUGUGGACUUUUACGAGAGGUUCCAUAGAGCAUCCACAACAGUGAAUCAUGAGGAUUUAUUGGAUAAUAUUCCAAAAAUUCUUAAUCAGAUGGACUGCUAUAAGAUGGACUCUCUUCCUGGGAAUGAGGAAAUAAGGAGGGCAGUUUGGGAGCUCGACCCGGAUAGCUCACCGGGCCCAGAUGGUUUCUCUGGUGCAUUCUUUCGCAAAUGCUGGGAUAUGGUGGAAGUGGAGGUUUGCAAUGCUGUGAAACAGUUUUUCAGCACUGGGUCCAUGCCAAAUGGGAUAAAUAAUAAUUUUCUGGUGUUGAUUCCAAAGGUGGAUGGUGCAAAUACUCUUGAGAAAUUUCGGCCCCUGUGUAUGGGUAACUUUUUCUGCAAAAUUAUAUCCAAAGUAAUGGCGAUGCGACUUGAGACUCUCCUCCCUCGUCUGAUCUCAGAAGAGCAGAGUGCCUUUCAGAAGGGGAAGAUGAUCCAUGACAAUAUAGCUGUGGCCUCUGAGCUUGCAAAUUUAAUGUUCUCUGCAACUAGAGGUGGGGGCCUUGGUCUUAAAAUUGAUAUAAGGAAAGCUUAUGACACUAUUUCCUGGUCUUUUAUUUUUCAGGUGUUGAGUAAAUUUGGCUUCUCCAAUAAAUGGAUUAAUUGGCUACACCAACUCCUGCUGUCGACCAAAAUUUCUAUUCUGGUGAACGGAGGUCCUCAAGGCUUCUUCGGGGUGGAGCGUGGCCUGAGACAAGGUGAUCCUAUAUCCCCCAUGUUGUUUAUUAUAGCAGAAGAAGUUCUGUCUAGAGGGUUGUCAAACCUGGUUCAGAGCAAGAGUCUCAAAACAAUCAGUGGACCAAGAGGAGUUACUACUCCUGGACACAUUUUAUUCGCAGAUGAUAUAUUCAUCUUCACCAACGCCUCAUUGAGAUAUGUAAAUGCUCUGAAAUCUUUUUUGAUGAAGUAUCAGGACUUUUCAGGUCAGUGCAUCAAUUUUGAGAAAAGUAAGCUUUUCCUAGGAAAGAUAGCUCCUGCUCGCAAGCAGACAAUUGCUGAUACCCUUGGAAUUCAGAUAUGCACUUUCCCAACUCGCUAUUUAGGAGUUGAAAUAUUUAAGGGUAGAGUCAAGAAAGAGGCUCUGCUUCCAGUGAUGGACAAGGUGAAAGGACGUCUUGCGGGUUGGAAAGGAAAACUUUUGUCUUUGGCGGGCAGAACGGAGUUGGUCAGAUCAGUCAUUGCUGGUAUCCCUAACCACAGUUUUGCUAUUUAUUGGUGGCCUUCUUCCCUUUUAUCUAUAAUGGAACGAUGGAUGAGAAACUUCAUUUGGACGGGGGAGAUUGAAACGUCCAGAAAAAUUACUGUUAAAUGGGACUCACUUUGCAUGCCUAAAGAGGAAGGUGGUUUAGGUAUCAGGAGACUCCGAGAUACCAAUAAAGCUAUGUUGUGCAAGCUUGCGUGGAGGAUAAAGCAUGAGAGGACAGCCUCCAGCUCCUUCCUUAAAGCCCGCUUUGUUAAAAAAGAUGGUAAGCUCAAGAAAGGAGUUUCUUCCUCUAUUGCCUUGGGGGUGAAAAAAGUUUGGAGGUUUGUGGAAGUUAAUGAGAGAUGGAUUAUCGGUAAUGGUAAUCUUACAAAUUUUUGGAAAGAUAAAUGGUGGGGACCUAAAUCAGUUCUGGAGGAGUUAGAGAGUUUCGACCUGACAACUCUUACAUUUACAGCUAAGGUGAGAGAAUUUAUUUGUGGUGGAGAAUGGGCGCUCCCUGAGGUGAGAUCGGCGGAGUUGAGAAGAAUUUUUGAAAAAAUUAAGCAAAUUAAAAUUCCUUCAGGCGAAUUAGAUGACACAUGCUGCUGGUCCUUGUCGACCUUGGGAAAUUUUUCUACAGCCUCAGCUUGGGAGUGCAUCAGAAGGAAGGCUAAUAAGACUCCAUGGAGCAAUCUGGUUUGGAGGAAAGGCCUGCCACCUAGGUUCUCCACUCUAGGCUGGCGCCUUGCACAUGGUAGACUGCCAACAGAUGAACAGAUUAGACAUAAGGGGAUUUACCUUGCUUCAAGGUGUGCCCUCUGCAACCAAGGCGAGGACAGUAUUGAUCAUAUUUUCCUCAGAUGCUCCUUCGCGACUUCUGUCUGGGAAUCUUUUACUGACUGCUUUGAUGUGAGAUGGAAAAUGCAUCAGUCGAUUAAUAAUCUGAUUAGUUGGUGGAAAACGAAGGGAAGAGUAGUAAAUCUCAAAACACCUUGGAUGAUGGGUUUUUCUAUUAUAGCAGCAAAUAUUUGGUGGGAAAGAAACAGAAGGUGUCACGAUAACAGUGCCAGGAAUGAUAAGCAGAUAUUUGAUUUUAGUCGGCAAGAGCUCUAUCUUUGCAUAGGGAAGGUGAAGGGAGAGGUGAAAUCCCCGACUGAUGUUAUGUGUUGUAGGAGAUUGGGUUUAUCUAUAGCUCUGUCCAGGUAUCUCCCUCCUCUGGAAGUCCACUGGUGUAAGCCUCAUCCAAAUUGGCUCAAGCUUAAUGUCGAUGGUAGUGCUCUGGGAAAACCGGGAAGAGCAGGGGCUGGAGGUGUAGCUCGCGACCAUGAUGGCCAGGUUCGGGAUUCUUUUAGUAUUUUUCUGGGCAUUAAACAGAUUUAUGAAGCGGAGUUUGAGGCUGUUAUGGAGGGCAUUUUGAUGGCAAAGGCGCUGGAUGCAAAGGGUCUUUGGAUAGAGUCUGACUCGGCUACGGUGGUCACUGCGAUUCAGAGUAACCAUAUUCCAUGGUUCACUCUCCAAAAAUGGUUGUCUCUUCUUCCAUUCCUGGAAUCGAUCCCAUGGAAGAUCUCCCACUGCUUUCGCGAAGCUAACCCGAUAGCGGACUACUUGGCAAAACAGGCUUCCAAAUCUGGAAACUCUGUAUUCUCGACGUCUUUCCCCAGACAUAUAGCAGAGUUCUUACAGAAUGAUAUUCAGGGUGUUACAACGAAUUUUGUUGAUGAGUUUCGGGCAUUACUUAUGUGUCUUCAACAAGCUAAAAACAUGAAUCUAAUGAAGGUUUGGGUGGAGUGUGAUUCAGUCGAUGUGGUAAUUAUGGCAUCAAAAGGUUUAGCUUGGACAGAGACUACUUUGCACAGCACACUUGUCAUGGAGGAUAUGGGUUUGCUAGAGAAAAUAUCAAAAGAUACUUAUGCAUUGUGUCACGUUUUCAAGAAGAAUGGUGUAUGUGGUGAAAUUGAAGAACAAGGGCCAAGCAGUCUACCACUGGUUGAGAGUUCUCAAGGGAUAAUCAAUGAUUAUGAAACUAUGUCACCAGAUGUGCCAAUCGGAUCAUCGUCAAGUGUUGAAGAUGAAGAUAAAGAUGAUGCAUGGAUGCAGUUCAUCACGGAAGAUGCAUGGUGUUCUAAUAAGUCCAAUGUAGGUAGUGAAGAUGCAUCAUGUGUUGGAUUCCCAAAUAAUUAA